AUGAAAGGCACCACGCAACAGGAGUUGCGAAGCCUCGUGGUAUCAACGAAAUCACAGGCAUCCGCAAAUGUCUCUGACGCUCACUCCGAAGGACUGGAAAAACCACUUGGGCAAUCUUCACCAUCGUGGCUUAGGAGAGUGGGUUUCACCAUACCUCUUCUCAUCAUUCCAAUUGCCUAUGCCAUUCUCCUCGCCAUUAUGUUUCAUCUCCAUGGGAAGAAACAGAACUCUUUCGGCGAUACAAUACUCGAGGUUGUCAGUGUCGCUUCUACGUUAUGGCCGAUCUUAUUCGCAGCAGUACUUGGUCCACUGCUCAAGACUAUCGCACUCUUCCGAGCCGAACGAGGAUCGACGUUAGGCUCUCUCGGAUUCCUAUUGACUAGUCAGACCACAACAUCUGCUCUGAAGAACUUUACAACCAUGGGCUGGAUUGGUAGCUGGACUAUGGUUAUUAUUAUAGUCUGGUCCCUCAGCCCUUUAGGAGGCCAAGCCGCUCUCCGGUCAUUGCACCUUCAGCAGAAUCCUAUAUGGAAAGAACCACAGGCAACAUACUAUCUUGGCAAUAACAAGAGCGAGAUCUACAAUUAUUAUCGCCUCGGAGCCAACGUGUUUUCUGGUGCAUCUUCCAUGGUGUCCCUUAUUUCUGAUAUGAGAACCAUCAUUUCUACCUCAUUCUCAACACAGGAUAUCCUAGUCUCUCAUGCCAAUAGCAGCAGCCCUCACUACAACGAUACCAUCGCUGAACUUGGAGGGAAGUGGGAAGCUUCGCGCAGUGGACGCAGAGAUCUAUGGCGAAACGUCCGUAUCCCUUUCAUUGAACUAUUGCCAGGAUAUAGGAGCGAUGAUCCAAAUGCUUGGAUACCCGUUCCUAAGGAUGAAAUCGUCCCUUACGCUUCGCUGAUAGGACUUCCAAUCAGAAAUGGCUCCUUUGAAAGGCCAGGAAACUCGACAAUGAUAGUUCAUUUCCAUUAUAUGACCCUUUCAUGUGGGAGAGCCUUCAAUGGAAGCGAAUGGGUCAGCAACGGCUCGACAGCACUAACACUCCACAACACCAGUCUCAAUGUUCCUUUGAAAGAUCAAUACCUGGGUGGGAUGGCAUAG